UCUCUUCCUUUCCACAAUCACAGACUUUGAACUCCUCCUGUUGCCACUUGCCGAUUUUGGUAGUGCCUGCUUUCAUCCCACGUCAGUCCGGUCACUUACACCAUAAGCCCUGAACACACGCCGUAACGACUUCAACCUGCUACAGCAAAGCGCACGCGAUUCCUCAUCAAAUACAAUAGCGUUGUGACUGCCACUUCCAGUGAUUCACCAGUGCAGCUGUACGUUACAACAACAUUUUCUCCCACUGCUGGCCGCCCCUUUCUUGGUCUUGUCGUCGUCAGCCAUGCUCUCCUCGGUGGCAUUCAACGGGCAGAGGCCUUCCUCUGCCAGCGCCAUGUCCUCCGGACACCAAAUUAUCCCACCCUCGCCCAAGGCUGCGCGUCUCCCUAUUACCUCUCUCUCCAAAGGCAUUAUGGCCAACGGCGCCACAUCCACGGUUGAUUCGCCCGCAAGGGACCAGCAUAUCUGGCUCGUAACGGGCCCCGCUGGCUGCGGAAAGAGCACUGUAGCAAAGCACCUUGCCACUUCGCUUCAAGUGCCCUUCAUCGAGGGCGAUGAGUACCACCCCCAGGCAAACAUCGAAAAGAUGAGCGCCGGCAUCCCCCUGACCGACGCCGACAGGUGGGACUGGCUGACAGCCCUCCGCGAAGCCUCGAUCCAGGCGCUCGACAAGGGCAACAGCGGCGUCGUGCUGACCUGCUCGGCGCUCAAGCGCAAGUACCGCGACGUCAUCCGCGUGGCGCCCUACUUCACGCCCAACCUCCACCUUCACUUCAUCUACCUCGACGCGCCUGAGGAGGUGCUCCUGCAGCGCGUGUCGGCGCGGCAAAACCACUACAUGGGCGCCAACAUGGUCCACAGCCAGUUCGAAGUCCUGGAGAAGCCGCAGGCGGACGAGGUCGACGUCAUCACCAUCGAUGUGACCCGCUCACCGGAGGAGGUCAUGGCCGAUUCUUUCAACAGGGUUCUUGAGACGAUGGAGGGCUCUGGGUCACAACCCGAGGCGUGACAAAUUGGCGGGGAGGAUGCGGGCUGAACUGCCGCGCUUUAAUACAUUGUUUUCAGCGAGGAGGUUUUGGGCGGUACCAUCAUAAUAUUGCAUAGGAUUCGGAGUUGGGCCUCUUCGCCGUGGCUUUGAUUACGUUGCUUGGUCGUCUUGGUUCUCUUUGGGCGCUAUGCGGGCACGGGGGAAGGAAUGGGUAUCAGCGCCUGUUGAAGACGCUUGUCACGUUCUUGGAUGGGCUUUGCAUGGGCGAAAGGCGGACUGCACAGCUACUUCAUUCGGCCAAGGGCGUUUUAAAAUGGAUCUACACUGGAGCAGGAUUUUGCCGCUCUGGAGCAAGCAAAUCUGAAAUCUGACAUUUUCUAC